CCCCUUCAACCAGCUAUCAUCGCGUAUGAUUUCCGCCCUUGACUUCGACAUACGGCCGGGAUCUGGCCUCGGACCGUUUAUUAUAGGCUCAUCCCUGUGGGCCGUGCUCGACCAGGUUCGCGGCUUGCAGCACUUCUUUCCUCAGGUUGACAUCAAAUACGAUACGGAUUCUCCCGUAACGACGCCCAUAAUCGUUCAUCUUCGUCCUCAUCUCGACUUGCUCUUCUCGGGAUAUCAUCAACGGCUACAUACCAUCUCCGUCCGACGGCUCCGCGACCCUCACCCUCCGCUCACUCUGCGGUAUCAGCACGCGGGGAAGGACGUUGUUCUGUCAAGCCCGACGGAAUCCUUGAAGAAAAUUGGCGUUAGCAGGACUUUCGGGCCGACGUAUCCCGGGGAUGAUCUCAAGUAUCCGGGAGUGUGGUUCAGUUUCGACGAUGAUGGUCAGUCUACCUCGGCUGCGACCUCAACGGGUUUCGAUGCUAGAGGAAAGGGUGCAAAGAGCAGUCAAGCAGAGGACAGGAUGCAUGAAGUGAAGAAAGUCGUAAUAUGUCAGAAAGAGGGGGAGGGGGAGGAGCGCGAUGCCUUGGGUGAAGUCGAGGAAUGCGAGGCUAUGUACGGAGAUCUCUCAAGGGCGAUCGUAAAGAUCCACGAUGGUGUGAUUCUGCACUUCCAUCCGCCUUCGGCAAAUUCCCCUGUGCACAUUGUGCUUGGCCUUACGACGGCUCAAGACCUCGUGGUAGACCUGGGAACACCUCCGCGUGUACAUUACAAAGAAGACGAUAGGAUGAAGAUUCAUUCACAGGACGCAGUGGAAGAGGACCCGGAACAGGAUUAUUUCUACAAUUACUUCCAGUAUGGUAUGGACAUCCUCAUCUCGGGGGAUACCCACAAUGUGAAGAAGAUCGUACUCCACACGAACGUGCCCGGCACCCCCCUCUUUCAGAGGUAUAAGCGUUGUCCCUGGGAGAUAGAGAGCCCACCAGAAGACGACGAGGACGAUGCACCGCCGCGCAAACCAUUCUAUGAGCGAUUCGAGACCAUAAGCCACUUUCUCAGCCCGCGGGAGCAACCGCCUUCGAUGCUGCUUGAUCGCACGGAUGAAGAGGAAGGCGUCAUGCUGCCGAGCUCGCAAACGCAUUUAUUCGGUUAUAAUGGUGUUGUGCUUGAAGUGACGGAUUCUGGCAGAGUCGUCGCUGUUAUGCUAUUUUGACACACAGAUCUACUCUGCACCCAUCGAGGCCACGCUAGUGCAUACACAUCUAGAAUACACAUCCCUUGUAGUUUAUAGUCUGGUGUAAACCGUUGACAGAUCAACCCGGUUGGCCAGUUUAUGGCACAUCUGACACGUCUAGCAGUACACGUACCGGUCGUUCUAGUCCGUCCUGACUACAUCCGGCCAAAGAGUUCGCAGCUCCUCUAGCUCCGCAAUGACUCUAACCCCUCGAACUUCUUCAUCAGUGACUCCGUCAAGUCUCUCGCCAUCAAUCUUUUUGAUGACCCCCCCUUCCAUCAUUUCUAGUCCUCUCUCGACGAAAUGAACACAUCGGCCAAAGCCGAGCUUCGAUGCGGCCUCUACGUUGGCACGAUUGUCGUCUAUGAAGAAGCAUUUCGCAGGAUCUACUCCCCCUACUGUCGCAAGGGCCUCAUGGUAGAAUUCGACUUCAGGUUUACAAGAGAAAUUUGGUCGUGCAUAGUCACAAGAGUAUACUCCUUCGAACAGAUCGUCUACUCCCAGGAUGCGCAGGACGCGGUAUGCAUGCGUUUUGUAUGCGUUCGUCAAGGCCCAUACACGCGCUUUGCUUCGAUCAAUGUCCUCUAGUAACUUGCGCAAUUUCGGGUCCGGCUUGAUCAUUUCUUCUAGAGGCAGUGCUCCGUCGCACUUCUCAUUGAAGUCGAGAGGGUCAACAUCGUGAUGACGUACAAGCCCGCGAACCGCAAGCCCGUACUUGGUAUAGUAUUGUAGGUGUAAAGCUGACGCUUCUUCCUCGGGGAAGCCGAGUGAGACGUAGUAGGCGUGUAUCCUCUCGCCCAUUGCUUGAGAAAUCUUAGAACUAGCAGAGUAAAGUGUGUUAUCGAUGUCGAAGAAGAUCACGUAGCGAUCGUCGGAGGCCAUGGCUUCACACAAGAUAGGAGUGAUGCUGGCGCUGUGGUCGAAGGUGAAUAGCCGCAGAUUUGGAGUCAC